AUGGCACCUGGAAAUGGCUCUUUCGUGACUGAAUUCAUUCUGGUGGGAUUAACACAUCAGCCAGAUCUCCAAUCCCCUCUGUUCUUCCUGUUUCUAGUAAUCUAUGUGGUCACUCUGUUGGGAAACUUGGGCUUGGUAACUCUAAUUGGGCUGAACUCACACCUUCAUACCCCUAUGUACUUCUUCCUCUUUAACUUGUCCUUCAUAGAUCUCUGUUAUUCUUCUGUGUUUACACCCAAAAUGCUAAUGAGCUUUAUUUCAGAGAAGAAUAUUAUCUCCUUCAAGGGGUGCAUGACCCAACUUUUCUUUUUCUGUUUUUUUUUUUUGUCAUUUCUGAAUGUUAUGUGCUGACGUCAAUGGUGUAUGAGCGCUGUGGCCAUCUGUAACCCACUUCUGUAUCACAUUGCCAUGUCUCCUACAGUGUGCUCCAGCCUUAUGUUUGGUUCCUAUUUGAUGGCCUUUUCUGGUGCCAUGGCCCACACUGGAUGCAUGCUGAGACUGACUUUCUGUGAUGCGAACACCAUCGAUCACUACUUCUGUGACAUCCUCCCUCUGCUCCAGCUCUCCUGCACCAGCACCUACAUCAAUGAGCUGGUGGUUUUCACUGUGGUUGGCAUCAACAUCAUUGUGCCCACUGUUACCAUCUUUAUCUCUUAUGGUUUCAUCCUCUCCAGCAUCCUCCAUAUCAGUUCCAAGGAGGGCAGGUCCAAAGCUUUCAGCACUUGCAGUUCCCAUAUAAUUGCUGUUUCUCUGUUCUUUGGAUCAGGUGCAUUUAUGUAUCUCAACCCAUCUUCUGCUGGGUCCAUGGAUAAGAGAAAAUUAUCUUCUGUCUUUUAUACAAAUGUGGUUCCCAUGUUGAACCCCUUAAUCUACAGCCUGAGGAACAAAGAUGUUAAAUUUGCCCUAAGAAAGGCCCUGAGUAGUAGGAAACUUUGA